AGGGUUUUAGCAGAGGUUUUUGUUGUUUGACCUUCACUCUUACUACUUUCUUCCGUUACAACCCCCCCCCCCCCUCCCGCCCUCCUCCUUUACUUACCACCUUAUCCUCUCUUUUCCAUCAUUAAACCUGUUAUUUCAGUUAUCUUUUUUGACUAUUACAUCAAGAAUUGCUCAAAAAUCCCUUAAAGAUUCCAACUUUAAUGCCAUUCACAAUCAAGAAUUGCUCAGAUUGUGAUGGAUUUUAGGUUAUCUUUUGACUGCUGCAUCACUACAAGAGACAUAUAUCAAUCAAGAACAAUCCCAAAGCUCCAAAAAGGUUGUAGCUUUAAUGCCAUUCUCCACAAUCAAGAAUUGUUAAGGUUGUCUCAAAAUUGUUCAUUUCCUAAGAAUCUGAAGUUACCUGUAGUUAAGUUGCCUGUUAGUGUUCAUAGUGAUGUAGUUUGUGUGUCUACUGAUGAGAAUCUUGAAGAAUUGGUGAGUUUGGAGAAGAUAGAUGGGGUUCCUGAGUUUUUGAGAAAAGAGGGAGUUAGUAGAAGGGUGUUUAUUCAAGAACCAAGUUGGGUAUCUUCACUUUUUAUGAGUAGUUUGUUUGUUAGAUCUACAAAAGUAGGUGGGGUUAGAAGGGAUUUUAGAGAUAUUGAGAGGAGGAGAAAGUAUGGUAUGUUGAGGAGGAGACAGAUAAAGGCGGAGACCGAGGCGUGGGAGGAGAUGGUAGAGGAAUAUAGGGAGUUGGAGAGGGAGAUGUGUGAGAAAAAACUAGCACCUAAUUUGCCUUAUGUUAAGAAAUUGAUGUUAGGUUGGUUUGAGCCCUUGAGACAAGGUAUAGAGAAGGAGCAAAAGGCUGAGAUGACGCGGAAACAUAGGGCGGCUUAUUCGCCGUAUAUUGAUUCAUUGCCUGCUGAUAAAAUGGCUGUGAUUGUUAUGCAUAAGUUGAUGGGGUUGUUGAUGAUGGGUGGUAAAGAGGAGAGGUGUGUUCAGGUAGUUCAAGCUGCAGUGCAGAUUGGCAUGGCUGUUGAGAAUGAAGUCAGGAUUCAUAAUUUCUUGGAGAAAACAAAGAAGCACCAAAAACAUAUGACCGGAACUCAAAGUCAAGAAGAUAUGAGUAGGGAGACAAUGAUUCUCAGGAAACGUGUCAAAAGCUUGAUUAAAAGGAACAGAAUAGUUGAGGUGAGAAGGCUGAUAAAAAGUGAAGAACCCGAGGCUUGGGGUCGAGACAUACAUGCUAAGUUAGGAUGCCGUCUUUUAGAAUUAUUAACUGAAACAGCUUAUGUGCAACCUCCAGUGGAUCAGUCUGCUGAUACACCUCCUGAUAUUAGACCUGCAUUCAGGCAUGUAUUCAGAAUUGCUACGAGAGAUCCAAGGAAGAACAUUGUCAAGAAGUAUGGUGUCAUAGAAUGUGAUCCCUUGGUUAUUGUGGGAGUUGACAGAACAGUUAAACAGAUGAUGAUUCCUUAUGUGCCUAUGUUGGUGCCACCCAAAAAAUGGAGAGGAUAUGACAAAGGCGGAUACUUGUUCUUGCCUUCGUAUUUGAUGCGCACUCAUGGAUCUAGGAGGCAACAAGAUGCUGUUAGAAGUGUCUCUGGGAAACAAAUGCAACAAGUUUAUGAGGCCUUGGAUACCUUAGGAAGCACUAAAUGGAGAGUGAAUAAAAGGAUACUUAGUGUGGUUGAGAGUAUUUGGUCUGGAGGAGGAAAUAUUGCUGGCCUAGUGGAUCGCAACGAUGUUCCUAUACCAGAUUUGCACUCCGAUGAUAUAAUGGAAGUGAAAAGGUGGAAAUGGAGGGUGAGAAAAGCGAAAAAGAUCAACCAAGAGUUGCAUUCUCAAAGAUGUGACACAGAGCUCAAGCUUUCAGUUGCUCGGAAGUUGAAAGAUGAGGAAGGUUUUUAUUAUCCUCACAAUCUUGAUUUUCGAGGACGUGCAUACCCUAUGCAUCCUCAUUUGAAUCACUUGAGCUCUGAUCUUUGUCGAGGAAUCCUUGAAUUUUCUGAAGGACGGCCACUAGGAAAGUCAGGAUUGCGCUGGCUGAAAAUACAUUUAGCAAAUCUUUAUGCAGGGGGCAUAGAGAAGCGCUGCUAUGAUGCACGCAUUGCAUUCAUAGAAAACCACCUUGAUGACAUAUUAGAUUCAGCACACAAUCCUCUAAAUGGAAAUAAAUGGUGGUUAAAUGCCGAGGAUCCUUUCCAGUGCUUAGCAGCUUGCAUUAACCUAUCAGAAGCUUUGAAAAGCUCGUCGCCACAUACUGUCAUCUCCCAUCUGCCUAUUCAUCAGGACGGUUCAUGCAAUGGCCUACAACACUAUGCAGCUCUUGGAAGAGAUAGCAUGGAGGCAGCGGCAGUCAACCUAGUUGCUGGGGAGAAACCAGCUGAUGUUUAUACCGAAAUUGCUAUGAGGGUUGAUCAUAUUAUCAGAGAAGAUAGUACCAAGGACCCUGCUGCUGAUCCAAAUGCUUUACUAGCCAAGCUCUUAAUUGACCAGGUUGACAGGAAAUUGGUGAAGCAGACAGUAAUGACCUCAGUCUAUGGUGUUACUUAUGUCGGGGCACGUGAACAAAUCAAAAGAAGAUUGGAGGAGAAGGGUCUUAUCGAUGAUGAUAGGCUGCGAUUUACUGCAUCUUGCUAUGCUGCUAAAGUGACAUUAGCUGCUCUAGGGGAGUUAUUUGAAGCUGCACGUGGAACAAUGACUUGGCUUGGCGACUGUGCUAAGGUGAUUGCUUCAGAAAAUCAGCCAGUGCGAUGGACAACACCACUGGGGCUCCCUGUUGUGCAGCCUUACUUUAAAACUCAGCGGCAUGUUAUAAGAACUUCGCUUCAAGUUUUGGCUUUGCAGCGUGAGGGUGAUGUAGUUGAGGUCCGGAAGCAGAGAACUGCUUUUCCUCCAAAUUUUGUGCACUCACUGGAUGGUUCACAUAUGAUGAUGACCGCUGUUGCUUGCAGGGAUGCUGGACUACAUUUUGCAGGGGUACAUGACUCCUUUUGGACUCAUGCUUGCGAUGUCGACCAGAUGAACAGGAUACUCAGGGAAAAGUUUGUGGAGCUAUACAGUAUGCCUAUUCUUGAAGAUUUGCUUCAAAGCUUCCAGGAAUCAUAUCCAGCAUUGACAUUCCCCCCUCUACCAAAAAGAGGUGAUUUUGAUUUACGGGAAGUUCUCGAGUCUCCCUACUUCUUUAACUGAGAACCAGUAGCAUUGAAACAACGAAACUCUUCAUCAAAAUCCUGCAGGAAAAUCGGUGAGACAUGUAUUCCGAUGAAACAUCAGAGCUUUAUUUCGUUCUUGCGCUGACCCUUCUCAAGGAGAGUCCAUAUAUUCUAUGCACUAGGCGCCUAAAACAGUCCGGCAGCUUUGGAAACAGCCUCUCUAUCUCUGCAGUAGGGGUAACAACACUCUACCCUCCCCAGACCCCACUUUGUGCAAUUACACUGACAUGAUACCACACGCCAUGCGCCAUAUUACUGGACGAAGUGGCAUCCAUCUGUCUGCUUUGGAGCUGAAGAUGCACUGCUGUGUAUGCUUGUUCAGUUACUGGUUCAGUUUCUUUAGGUGCUGUACAGAAAUUUUUGGAGGAAAUUGUAACUUCUCUAGUUUAGGAUUCUUUGACAUGUAUAGGUAUAUAAACUUGUGAACUGUUGUAUCUAAUACAGGAAAAAGAUAUAAUUGUGCCUUUACAAGACAAAAUAAACAGCAUUCUCAAGUAC